CCACAGUCAAUCCCCAACUGCCCGGUGCUCUGCCAGGGAGCGACUGCGAGCAAUACUGCGUGAAGCUCCUGACGGAGCAACGGCAGUCGCCCAAUAUGGAGUCAAUAGCGAGGAUCUCGACAUUGCUAGAGAAUGGUAUGUUCCUGACCGAUAUUUUGACGACAUCCAACAGGACUGACUGUCCCUUGCAGCCCGAGAUCUUACCCUCGACGCUGCCGCGGCCGCCCGAAGUUCGCGGAGCUCGUCCCGGCCCCUCGAUCGCUCCCAGGUCAAGAGGCUACUGGACAGCCGCAAUGAGCGCGAAGUGCUCGACGGGCUCAGGCGUGUCAUCUCGAUGAUGUACCGCGGCCAAAAGACGCUGCCCCUGUUCUCGUCUGUUGUCAAAAACGUCGCCUCGCCUAAUAUCGAGAUUAAAAAGCUUGUCUACAUUUACCUCAUCCACCAUGCCGAACAAGAGCCUGACCUUGCCCUUCUAUCCAUCAACACCAUUCAGAAGUCGCUGUCGGACACGAACCCGCAGGUGCGGGCGCUGGCGCUGCGAACCAUGUCGGGAAUUCGGGUACCGGUUAUCAGUCAGAUCGUCUCCCUUGCCAUCAGGAAGGGUGCCGGGGACAUGAGCCCGUACGUCCGACGCGCUGCGGCUCUGGCGAUUCCCAAGUGCUACCGGCUCGAUCCCUCACAGCUACCCCAGCUGCUAGAAUACCUCUCGACCUUACUCGGCGACAAGCAAUACUACGUGGCUGGCGCGGCCGUGACGGCUUUCAUGACCGUAUGUCCAGAUCGGAUAGAUCUAAUACACAAGCAUUACCGGAACCUGGUCAGAAUGCUCGUCGAUAUGGACGAGUGGAGCCAACUAUCGACACUGCGGUUGAUGACGGUCUACGCGAGAAAGUGCUUCCCGAGGAGGACAAGGACUGUCAAGAAUAAGGAGCGGCCCGCCGAAUUGCAGGACUUCUAUGGCGAAGCAUCAGAGGCCGGCCCGGAGCGUGAGCAGGUGACGGUUCUCGAUCCCGACCUCGAGUUGCUUCUGAAGAGCAUCAAGCCCCUCUUGCAGUCCCGCAACUCCGGUGUCGUGGUUGCCGUCGCAAGGUGCUACUCUGCCAUUGGAACUCCCUCCUACACUAAAGCGGCCAUCGGGCCCCUGGUAGCGCUGCUCCGUGGCGCUCAAGACAUUCAGCAAGUCGCCCUCUACAACAUUGUUUCCAUUUGUCUGAGCUGUCCUGCCGAUUUUGUUAAAUACGCCACCCAUUUCCUCGUCCGCGCAACCGAUACACAGCCAGUGUGGGAGCUCAAGUUGGAGGUGCUCACACUUAUCUUUCCUCACGCCCCGCGGCACAUCAAAAGCCUCAUCCUCAAUGAGCUGGAGCACUUCAGCCGUGGUUCCGACAAGCUUCUGGUCCGCGAAGCCGUCAGGGCCAUCGGGCGGUGCGCGCAAGCAGAUAGCGCUACCGCUCCCCGAUGUUUGCGCCUGCUGCUGAGCCAAAUCACUAGCUUGGAUGGCAUACUGGCUGCGGAAAGCUUGACCGUCAUUCGUCACCUUAUCCAGCAAGACCCAACCGCUCACGUCGCUACCGUGAUCCGUCUCGCCAAGAACCUGGACUCGGCCACCGAUCCGCAAGCUCGCGCAACCAUCAUCUGGCUCGUAGGCGAGUUUUCCGGUCUUGGCGGCGCGGACAACAUCGCCGCCGAUGUGCUGCGCAUCCUCCUCAAAGACUUCGCUUCCGAGCCCGAAAUCGCUAAACGCCAGAUUGUGCUUCUCGGCGCAAAGGUUUACUUGCACUAUGUCAACCGGCAGAUUGAAGAAUCUCAAGCCGGCCGGCCGCAGUUCCCGCAACCCCAGGCGGAAUUCGACCAAGGCCAGGAACCAUUUCAACCCUCGCCACCGGCUACUGGCAGCAACAGACCGAAAAUUUUAGAAGAGGACGAUCACCCUAUCGCUAAGCUCUGGCGCUACCUCCUUCUGCUUGUGCGAUACGACACGUCAUAUGACCUACGCGACCGCACGCGGCUGUAUAAAUCCCUCCUCUCGGUCCCGCAGCUCGCGACGCUGAUGCUCCUUGCGCCGAAGCCAGCUCCGCAAGCACCCAGCCCAUCGGAGACUAGGCGUGGUUAUACCCUGGGUUCGGCCGCGCUGGUGCUGGCAGGCGGCGGCGGGGUGCAUGGGCUAAGGGGAUAUGAGGACCUGCCUGAGUGGGUGGAAGAAGGCAAAGAGCCGGAUCCCAGGUUGAGGGAUGCAGAGGGAGCAGACCGCUACGGCGAGAAAAGGGUUGUCCCCGCGGCCGAGGUUUUGGAUGCAGCUGCUGCCUCAAGAGCGUCGCCUUCUUCAGUUGGUGCGGAGUCCAAGGCUGUGAAGGCGGCCAAUGGGAUUGGGGAAAAGAGUUUGGAUGAUUGGUUGGCUGAGGAGGAAAGCGACGAAGAAGAUAGCGGGAGCGUGGAAGGAGAGGAGGAGGAGGAAGAAGAGGAAGAGGAUGAUGAUGACGAUGAGAACGAGGAAGAGGAAUCCGACGAAGAAAGCUCGGAUGAAGAGGAAGAUGAGAGCGAAGAGGAGUCAGAGGAGAAUGCUAAACUUAUACGGCCUGCAUGAGAGCUCUCAAUAGCAGGAAACCGAUCUGCCAGCGCAUCGACCUUCAACUCACUGUUGAGGUGGAAAGCUCGCAGCAGAUAGUACAAGCGGAAAGCAAUUUUGAUACGCGACACUACCAGCGUUCAUGGAUCAAUGCCCCCCCUCCCCCCCUUAGCAUCUUGACAAGUUCUUCAUCGGCGUUUUUCCAAGACAAUUCGAUCAGCGUCCAGCCAUGAGUCCCGACAAAGCUCGGUGAAGCCUCCUUUUCGAUAAGCUUGCGAA